GAGAAGAUGCUGCGCACCCCCAAGUGCUCACGGUGCCGGAACCAUGGCUUCCUGGUGCCAGUCAAGGGCCAUGCGGGCAAGUGCCGCUGGAAGCAGUGUUCCUGCGAGAAGUGCUUCCUGAUCACCGAGCGCCAGAAGAUCAUGGCUGCACAGAAUGUGCUCAAGAAGCAGGCCUCCGAGGAGGUGCAGGAGGUGUCCUUGAGUGGGCAGGGGCCCCCGCUGCCCUCUGGGGCCGUGGCCGCUGCCCCGGGCUCAAGCCACCUGGUGCCUCCGCCUGUCACUUCAGGAGACAGGGAGCUGGGCCCCGAGUGCUGCGUGGCUACCCGCUUCCCUGAGAGGUCACCACCGGGUCCCAGCCCUGGCCUGAGCCCCUUCCAGCCAGUUCUGGGUGGCCGUGGCUGCGGCCACUUGGGGCCAAGCGAGCGCGCCGCAGUGGCUGUGCCCAGUUCUGUAGGGCCCCAGAUCGGGAUGGAGGCCGCAGGCAGAGGACACCCCGGCCGUCCGGAGCAUCACGGGCCGCUGCCUAGCCCGCCGUUCGCCGACUUCGGUAAGCUCUCCAGGCUCCAAGUGGCCUUGUCCACUCACUGCCGGUUCCUUUCGGGCUGCAGCCCUCCCCCACCACCCCACAAGCCCCGCACGCUGGGGCCCAGGCCUACCCGGAUCCCGCCAGGAUGGGCCCUUGGGGCCACACUCUGGAGGCUCCUCCCAGAGGACUUCCAUGGGCCUAUGAGCUCGCCCAACCCCCCCUUCACUCCUUCCCGCCAUUUUGUCAGACUGGAGGCUCCUCCCCCAGACUUCCUGCACUCGGAUCGUGUCGUAGGGUCUGAGCACCUGGAGAGAGAGCCUCCGGAGCUGUAUCCCAGCCGCUCCAGCAUGCACCCCUACUACCCAGUCCGGCUGGGCUACCAGGAUGCUGCUCUGACCACAGGGAUCCCCCUGCAGCAGGGCUACCAGCAUGCGUCAUGCAGCCACUACUGUGGGGCAGCCUUGGUGCCGGAGCCGGUGGGAGACUUCCAGCCAAGCUACUACCCGCCGCCGCCGCCGCCGCAACCCCAGUUCCUCCCGCCGGGCUUCCUACCUGCGCUCCACUUACUCGCGCCGCCGCCGCCGCCGCCGCCGCCGCCGCCGCCGCCCCCGCCGCUGCCGCCCCCGCUGCCGCCGCCGCCGCCGCCGCCGCCGCCGCCGCCGGCUUUCUCUCUGACGGUCCUGUCGGAUGUGGAAAGGGAGCCCGCUGAUAACCAGGAUGCGGACCUGCCGCGUGAGCCCAACCAGCCUUCAUCUCAGCAGCAGCGCAACUAGGCCCAGGCCCUCUGCCCUGCAGAGUGGAGCCUUGGGGAUGCUGUUAGAACAAUGAUUUUCUUGUCUGGUUUAGUGAUGUGCAGGGUGAAAGGGUAGUGAUAGGCAUAAGAUGAUAGUUAAUUCCCACUUUAAGGUAGGAGGAAGGAGGGAGAUUUCUAAGUUUUCUCAGUCUUAAAAUGUAGGAGUGAAGAGGAACAUGGAGGAUGAAGUUACCAGGGAAGGGCCAGGGCUUU